GAAGUGUAUUAUGGGCAGUACAUCUCUUUUUACAUGAAGCGGAUCUUCUUUUUGGAUGGCAGUGGACCACCAUUUGGCCACAUGCUGCUGGCACUGGGAGGUUAUUUAGGAGGAUUCGAUGGUAACUUCUUGUGGAACAGAAUCGGAGCAGAAUACAGCAGCAACGUGCCCGUGUGGUCUCUGCGCCUGCUGCCCGCCCUCACGGGGGCCCUGUCGGUCCCCAUGGCCUACCAGAUCCUGUCGGAGCUUGGUUUUUCUCACUGUGCCGCCAUGGGGGCCGCCCUGCUGAUGCUCAUCGAGAACGCUCUCAUCACCCAGUCAAGGCUAAUGCUUUUGGAGUCCGUGUUAAUAUUCUUUAAUCUGUUGGCUGUGCUGUCCUACCUGAAGUUCUCCAACUCCCAAAAACAGAGGCCUUUCUCUCCGAGCUGGUGGUUUUGGCUGACGCUGACCGGAGUGGCCUGCUCCUGUGCCGUGGGCGUCAAAUACGUGGGUGUUUUCACGUACCUGCUUGUGCUCGCUGUCGCUGGCGUCCACGCCUGGCACCUGAUAGGAGACCGGAGUCUGUCAAACGUCUCUGUGCUCUGUCACCUGCUGGCCCGCGCGGCAGCUCUGUUGGUCGUCCCGGCCGCCAUGUACUUGCUGUUCUUUUACGUCCACCUGAGUCUGGUCUAUCGCUCUGGGCCCCACGAUCAAAUCAUGUCCAGUGCCUUCCAGGCCAGCUUGGAGGGAGGGCUGGCUCGGAUCACGCAGGGCCAGCCCCUGGAGGUGGCCUAUGGUUCCCAGGUCACUCUGAAGAACGUUUUUGGCAAACCCGUGCCCUGCUGGCUUCAUUCCCACCAGAGCACCUACCCCAUGAUAUACGAGAACGGCCGAGGCAGCUCGCACCAGCAGCAGGUGACCUGUUACCCCUUCAAAGACGUCAACAACUGGUGGAUCGUAAAGGACCCUGGGAGGCACCAGCUGGUGGUGAGCAACCCUCCGAGGCCCGUGCGGCAUGGAGACGUGGUGCAGCUGGUGCACGGCAUGACCACGCGCUUCCUCAACACGCACGACGUCGCGGCGCCCCUGAACCCCCACUCACAGGAGGUAUCCUGCUACGUCGACUACAACAUCUCCAUGCCUUCUCAGAACCUCUGGAGACUGGACAUCGUAAACAGAGACUCCGACGCGGGGGUUUGGAAGACCAUCUUGUCCGAGGUCCGCCUGGUGCACGUGAACACCUCCGCGGUCCUGAAGCUGAGCGGGGCACACCUCCCGGACUGGGGGUUCCGGCAGCUGGAGGUCGUCGGGGAGAAGCUGUCGCGGGGCUACCACGAGAGCACCGUGUGGAACGUGGAGGAGCACCGCUACGGCAAAAGCCAGGAGCAGAAGGAGAGAGAAGUGGAAUUGCACUCGCCCACGCAGAUGGACGUUCACAGGAACCUGAGCUUCCUGGCCAGGUUCCUGGAGCUGCAGUGGAGAAUGCUGACGGCCAAGAGCGACGGCUCGGAGCACAAGUACAGCUCAUCGCCACUGGACUGGGUCACACUGGACACCAGCAUCGCUUACUGGCUGCAUCCCAGGACCAGCGCUCAGAUCCACCUGCUCGGGAACGUCGUGAUCUGGGCUUCGGCCAGCCUCGCCACUGUGGUCUACACUCUGCUCUUCUUCUGGUACCUGCUUAGACGCCGAAGAAAGAUCUGUGACCUCCCUGAGGAUUCCUGGCUGCGCUGGGUGCUGGCGGGGGCUCUGUGUGCCGGCGGCUGGGCGGUGAACUACGUCCCCUUCUUCCUGAUGGAGAAGACGCUCUUCCUGUACCACUACCUGCCGGCGCUCACCUUCCAGAUCCUUCUGCUCCCCGUGGUCUUGCAGCACAUUAGUGACCACCUGUGCAGGACCCAGCUCCUGAGGAGCCUCUUCAGCGCCCUGCUUGUGGCGUGGUACUCCUGUGCCUGUCACGUGUUCAACACGCUGCGCCCGCUCACCUACGGGGACAAGUCACUCUCCCCCAGCGAACUGAAGGCCCUUCGCUGGAAGGACAGCUGGGACAUUUUGAUUCGCAAAUACUAG